CACAAAAAUUCUGAAGUGGUAAGAAUAAGACUUUUCCCCAAACUCAGGGAUCUUCAGGUGCUAACUUUUGAGUUCUUGCUUCUUCUUCUUUCUUUUGAGUAAAAAAUAAAAAGAAAGAUGUCAAGUGAAGCAACACACUGGUGUUAUGCAUGCGAAGAACCAAUUGUGCUUGAUGGGGGACACACUCUGUGUCCUUACUGUGAUGGAAGUUUUGUAGUUCAACUUGAUGAGUUGCAAAGAGCAGCACCAUCUGCACCUUCUUCAUCACACUUGCUUGCAAGAAACUCAAACCGUGACUCGGUCGGAGCAAGCUCACCUGAACAGAGUUGGGGUUUAACAUUUCAUGGUCAAGUUCCUGAAAUCACCUUCGCCACCGCCACGCCAAGCGGUGGUGCUCCUAGGCGUGUUGAUUUUGGAGAUUCACCUUCCAUCACUCCUGAAUUGCAAGAAUUUAUUCACCAACUCAUCUCAUUUCUUGUCAAGCCAUUGGUUUCUCUCUUUCUUGUCAUUAUCAAGUUUUUGUCCUCUAACAAUGGAAGAAGAAACCUUUAGGAAAUAGUUUGGUUUAGUAUUUUUACAAUUUUUACAUGUACUCAACAUGAAUGUGUUUGUCCUGGCUUGCAUGCUGUGCUAUGAUGAAUUGCUUUCUGUUUGGUUUAUUGUUUUUCCCCAACUUCUUAUUAAUAAAUAUGUUCCUUCAAUA